GCAAGCCGCGCCGCUCACAUUCCCGGAGGCGCUCGGCCCGGGGGCUCGACGAGGGGGAUGGCUGGCGCACUCGCUCUCCCCGCUGUCGGCGAGAGGCGGCUCCAAUCGUGACAGCAGCAACAAGGAAGUGGAGGCGAGGGCUCGCGCGCGCAUCCCGGGGGCUGGAGGAGCCCCGGCCCCGCGGCCCCGCCCGGCGACACACGGCGCGGAGUCGCGACAGCCCCCUCGCUUCCCCUCCUCGGAGUCGCGAUAUGGGGUCGUGAAGGACAAGUGCAGGAGCACAGGUUCGCUCCGCAGGCUCCUCACCGAUGCCUGCCGAGGGCCCCGGGGGUCAAGCCCCGGGGAGCUCGAGGAAGACAACAGGUACACAGUCGUCACCGAGGCACUGGUUUGGCCGCUGAGCAGCAGCACACCACGGAUCGCCAGGGAGACCCGUCCCGGCUGCCCUCGCGGCGCACCGGAAGCGGUCGGCGGCGCGUGACUGCGUGCGACCCCUCGCGCAAGCGCAACAGCCCAGCUGUAGCUUGGGGGCGGACCCAUACGAAAUACUCAAAGGCUUGGAGGGGGUCUAUUAAGGCGAAGGGACUGCUUCCGGCCAGAGGUCCCGGGCAGAGGAGGAAGCUGUGGUUGCCGGGGGUGGGGCCCCCCGGCCGCCCAGCCCCUGGGCACAGCUGUGGGGCGUUCAGUUUGCCACACUUGUGGCAAAGCAAGCUGCGAGGAGGAACCAGACAGCCCUGUUAGUUGUGGCCAGCCCUCACUCCCUGGAAAUGGCAAACAAGGGGAACAAGAAGCAUCAGCAGUUCUCUCUGGAAGAGAAAAUGAAAGUUGUGGAAGCUGUAGACUCGGGCAAGAGGAAAGGUGACGUGGCAAAAGAAUUUGGUAUCACUCCCUCUACUUUAUCUACAUUCUUAAAGGAUCGCACCAAAUUUGAAAAAAAGGUACGGGAGGCAUCCGUGGGACCCCAGCGGAAAAGGAUGAGGAGCGCUCUUUAUGAUGACAUUGAUAAGGCUGUUUUUGCUUGGUUUCAAGAAAUCCAUGCCAAAAACAUUCUUGUGACUGGUUCUGUCAUUCGGAAAAAAGCACUAAACUUGGCCAACAUGCUUGGCUAUGACAAUUUUCAAGCAAGUGUGGGCUGGCUGAACAGAUUUAGAGAUCGCCACGGAAUUGCUUUGAAAGCAGUCUGUAGAGAAGAUACUGACAGAUUAAUGAAUGGUCUAGGAAUAGAUAAGGUUAACGAGUGGCAUGCAGGGGAAAUUAUAAAACUGAUUGCUGACUACAGCCCAGAUGAUAUCUUUAAUGCUGAUGAGACAGGAGUGUUUUUCCAGUUGCUUCCCCAGCAUACACUUGCUGCUAAAGGAGACCAUUGUAGAGGGGGCAAGAAAGCAAAGCAGCGGUUGACAGCACUCUUUUGUUGCAAUGCCUCGGGGACUGAAAAAAUGAGACCAUUGAUCGUUGGUAGGUCAGCCAGCCCACGCUGCCUCAAGAACAUCCAUUCCCUCCCUUGUGAUUACCAAGCCAACCAGUGGGCUUGGAUGACAAGGGAUCUGUUUAAUGAGUGGCUGAUGCAAGUGGAUGCCAGGAUGAAGAGGGCGGAAUGCCGGAUCCUCUUGCUGAUUGACAACUGCUCUGCUCAUAACAUGCUUCCACGCUUGGAAAGGAUUCAGGUUGGGUAUCUGCCCUCCAACUGUACUGCUGUCCUGCAGCCACUGAAUCUUGGCAUAAUUCACACCAUGAAAGUACUAUACCGGAGCCACCUUCUAAAACAGAUCCUCCUCAAGCUCAGCAGCAGGGAGGAUCAAGAAGAGGUGGACAUCAAGCAGGCCAUCGACAUGAUUGCUGCAGCAUGGUGGUCAGUCAAGCCAUCCACAGUGGUCAUAUGUUGGCAGAAGGCAGGCAUCAUCCCUAUGGAAUUUGCAGAAUGUGACAUAGAAUCAGCAGCCAGUGAACCAGACACUGCCAUUGAAAAGUUGUGGCACACAGUGGCUAUUGCCACCUGUGUCCCAAAUGAAGUAAAUUUCCAGGACUUUGUUACUGCAGAUGAUGAUCUCAUUAUCUCUCAGGACACAAACAUCAUCCAGGGCAUGGUGGCUGGUGAAAAUACCAGUGAAGCAGGAAGUGAAGAUGAAGAGGAGGUAUCUUUACCAGAGCAACCAAAAGUCACCAUCACAGAAGCCAUAUCAAGUAUACAGAAACUUAGACAGUUCCUUUCCACUUGUGUAGACGUUCCUGAUGCCAUUUUUGGACAAUUAAAUGGCAUAGAUGAAUAUUUAAUGAAAAGAGUGACACAAACCCUUGUUGAUUCCAAAAUUACAGAUUUCCUCCAAACAAAGUAAUGCAGGAAUUUAUUUCAGAAAAUGUAGUUUACAAGAAUAAAGAUUUCUUUAGAUAGGCUGUUGAGCCAAUUUAAGUAAAGCAAUAUUAUUAUGACAACAUUCCAGUACUCUGAAAUAGCCAGGAAACGUCCUUGAAUGGAAUUUAACUAAUACGUGUGUUGUCUUGUCUUCUCUUUUCUUUUUGGCUGUCUCUGGUCCUUGAUUCAAGAUGUAUUUUGAUUUAUCCAAGGGUUUCCAAACUUGUCUGCACAUUAGAUCACUUGAGAAUCCUUUAAAAAUUCCAAAGCUCAGGCCAUAUCCCAGGCCUAUUCAAUCACAAUCUUUGGUGAUGGGUCACAGGCAUUGGGAGUUUUGAAGCUCUCCAGGUGAUUCCAAUGUGCAGACAAGUUUGGAAACUGAACCAACCACAGGAACAUCAAGUACACUAUGGGCCUGGGUCCAGCUUCUUCCCAGUAAGGCUAUCUCAGGGGCUUCCAAAUCUAGCUCACAUCAGAAUCACUUGGAAGGCUUGUUAAAAUCCAAGGCUGCUAGGCCCACCCCCAGAGUUUGAUACAGUAGACCUCAGGUGGGACCCAGAAAUGUGCAUUUCUAACAUAGCUGAUGCAGUCGAGGCUCCAUGCUUUGAAAACCACUAGUCUAGCUUUAGAUAGGAUAUUGAGCCAAUUUAAAUAAAGCAAUAUACUGGUCUAGCUGAGUUCUAGAACUUCUCUCUUUAGCUGGCCAUCUCAAUACUCCCCUGUCACUAAUUGUU